ACACAACACUGCUGUUUGAGAUAAAAUGGGUGAAACAAGACGACGAGCUUUUAAAAUAGUUAUUCAGAUAACUUGGCAACUUCUAUGGCUGGCAGGUCUGGUGGUAGGUCUGAGUGGUGUGUACCUGUUGUUGAACUACAGAUACAAUGGCCUCUUCUUCGCCCACACAUACAUCAUCCUCCCAGCAUGCCUAGCUCUGGCCAGCGCUACCCUCCUAUUGGUCAGCGGAGGACUGGGCAUCUGGGUGUCCCUCAGAAAGUCAGCCUUGCUACAGGGCGUGUUUGUCUAUCUGCUGGUUUUGGUUUUCUGCCUGGAGGCAACUGCUGCUGCUCUGGCCUAUGUCAACGCAGGAAAGGUGGACUCAGAGCUGGCUCCCUUCAGUAGUGUCUUUCAAAGAUACACAGGAAGCAGUCAGGACCUAGACUCCGAUGCUGUGGACGCCACACAGAAAGAGUUGCAGUGCUGUGGAAUCUAUGACUACCGUGACUGGUUGGCCACGCCCUGGUUUAACCACAGUGGGCGGGGCAGUGUGCCUCACAGCUGCUGUAAUUCCACCUACCACACCUGUAACGGUACCCUAGAGCUGCCCGGGCUACUAUAUCCAAAGGGCUGCCAGGUGAAGCUGGAGGAGGCCUUGCUUUUUGUUCUGCGCUUCAUCAUCUGGUCAUCUCUGGCAGUGGCGCUAGUGGAGACUGUAGGGUUUGUGAGUGUGGCUCAGCUGAUGAGGGACCAGCCUCUGUUGGAGUAUGGAAUACUGGACAGGGAGUGGGCCUGAACCAGAGUGGCAGAAAGUAUUCUGGACUGAGAAUCUACUUUAGAUAUACUAUGUCCUGGAACUUGGUAAAGUUCAUGAUGCUGUGGACCUUAAAGUUAAUAGUUGUCUGGGCAGCUCCAGAGGCCCUAGGGUACCAUUACAGGUAAUUGAUGUAAUCAUCCCUGAUCUUGUUGGUGAAACUGCUUAAGAGUGAUCAUCUUUCUUUCAUUAAACAAAUGUAUGUAUACACAUCCGUGAAGGGAGGAAGGAAGGUGUACUCUAAAAGUGUUGUGUCCUACACUUCGGCACACACUUCCUUCGUUUCAUAAGGAUCAACUGGAAUAUGUAAUGGCCUCUGUUUUGGUUUGUUUGAUUUUGUUCACUGAUGUAAAUACAUGCUGGUUAAAGAAACCACUCCAUCACAAUAAAUUGUCACAUGUCCUGCAGAUGAUAUAUUAAUGACAUUUUUAAACUACCCUGCAUGGCUUUUGAGUAAUUGACUGGUUGAUACUGUGCUGUGUGGCUAUCGUGUGACUUUAACUUACCGGUUUGUAUCUGGGGGAUUCUGCAACUUCGGGCACUUUGGCCCUGCAAGCGUUCAGAAAUUAAAAGUUAUUGAAACACCAUUUUUAACAGUAUUAUAAUUGUCUUUGAUUUGUCUAGAUAUAAUAUCCGAUAAUGGCUGCAAUCGUUCUAUUCAGGAAUGUACACUACCAUUCAAAAGUUUGGGGUCACUUCGAAAUGUCCUUGUUUUUGAAAGAAAAGCAAAUAAUUUUUUUGUCCAUUAAAAUUGAUCAGAAAUACAAUGUAGACAUUGUUAAUGUUGUAAAUGACUAUUGUAGCUGGACACGGCUGAUUUUUAUUUUGAUGGAAUGACUACAUAGGCGUACAGAGGCCCAUUAUCAGCAAACAUCACUCCUGUGGUCCAAU